AUGAGGCAGGGAAUUGAAGUUGAUGAUGCGGAAGUCGUGUGGCCAGAAUCAGCGAGGGAGAAGGUUGUGGAGAAGAAUUGGCGAUCAGUAUUCCGCGUCCACCUGGAUGAUGUCGAGAAGUUUGGCCUAGAGUACUGCAUCUAUUUUCAGACCCUGCGAGUCUUAUGCCUCAUGUUUUUCGUGCUUUCGCUGCUGGCCAUUCCGGAGCUGCUCUUCUGCUUGCGUGGGAAUGUAUUUAUGCAGGGUGAUUUGCUGAGCCGCCUUGGCCGACUGACGCUUGGCAACGUGUCGCCAGAGACGGUGCUCCACGCAGGCGAUUCGCUGAGGAAAAGGCAGCGUUCAGACGGGGUUUAA